UAAAUAAAUUAACAAAAAAGAAGUGACCUCCAAAUUUUGAGAUAGAUGUGACUUAAGGCUUCAAGCCGACCCGCAAAAUCCUCCUCUCUCAUAUUCGCCACCGUGCUUUUCUUCUUAUUAUUGUCAACGCAUUGUUUCUGCAUGAAUCGGAUCCGGAUCCGGAUCCGCAUUUCAAAUCCGGGUUCGAACUUGCCCCGCGACCGACAAUGGCGUCGAAGGCUUCGCCGUCUCCUUCCGCCAGCAGAUCGGACCCUCCUAAAGACUCGCCGGUGCAGGUGACGAAACCACAAGAAACAUCUCUAACCAUGAAGGAUAUUUUCUCUGUUAUUGACUCUCUAAAGAAGCAAGUUGUAGCUAACCGGUGUGUUUCUAUAAAGAAAAGAAUGGAAGAGAAUAAACAAAAGUUGGUUGGUGUCACAAACCAUCUUUAUACAUUGUCGAAGGAAAGAAGAAACAGCUGGAUUAACAUUACUGAUAGUAGCCUAGAUUUACUGACAAAAAGGCAAAAAGAUGCACUGCAUAUGCACAGUGGUAUUGAUGCAAGUAACGGAGACAAGGAUAACCACAGCUCUCAAGAAGAUGGUAAUGCUUCUACAGCAGUUCUUCUGGGAUCCAGUAUUCCAGUCAAGAAUGCUGUUCGGCCUAUUAAGCUCCUGGAAGUGAAGAGAUUACCCUCUUACGCUACAUGGAUAUUUUUGGAUAGAAACCAAAGAAUGACAGAUGAUCAAUCUGUGGUUGGACGAAGAAGAAUAUAUUAUGAUCAAAAUGGUGGUGAAGCACUUAUUUGCAGCGACAGUGAGGAGGAAAUAACUGAAGAAGGGCAGGAAAAAAGAGAUUUUAUAGAUUCUGAAGAUUAUAUUCUUUGCAUGACUGUCAAAGAAGUUGGUUUAUCUGAUCCUGUGAUGGAAUCACUGGCCCAAUGCCUUUGUAGAAGCCAUUCUGAAGUCAAGGCAAGAUAUGCAGUUCUUACAAAAGAAGAAACGACUGUGGUGGAUUCAAAGAAUGGAGAUGGUGAUGCACAAACAUUGAAUUCUUUCAUUGAUAAGGAUCUUGAAGCUGCUUUGGAUUCUUUUGACAAUCUGUUUUGUCGUCGAUGUCUUGUCUUUGAUUGCAGAUUGCAUGGAUGCUCACAGGAUCUUGUGUUUCCUGCUGAGAAACAUCACUGGAGCCGUCCAGAUGAGGAAAAUGAACCAUGUGGUCCACACUGUUACAAAUCGGUUUUGAAGUCGGAAAGAAUUGAUACUGCAAAUUCUUCCGAGUAUGGUAAUAUUGGAGAAAAUGCUGUCCGUCCAUCUGAUGGGAUGGGGGCUCAAAUUUCCUCAAGGAAGAAAUCUUCUGCUCAAUCUGCCAGGAGGAAGGUGAAGUCCAGCCACAGUGAAAGUGCUUCAUCAAAUGCAAAAAAUGUUUCUGGGAGCAGUGACUCAGAGAUUGGACCUCGGAAAGAUGCCACUUCAUCUUCCAAGGCUAAGCUUGCUGGAAAAAGUGGGGCUUGUCAUAGGAACAACAAGCGAGUGGCUGACCAUCUUUUAAGUUGCUUGCGGAAAAGGAAGAAGAAAACUGUGGUUUCUGAUUCUGAUUCUAUUGUCAGUGGAAGCCUUUUGGCAGGUGAUAUGAAACUUACAUCCACUUCACGCAAAGAAAAUGAAGACGCUAGUUCUUCUCACAAGAAUGUUAAAUCUCGGACUGUUGGAAGGUCUAGGAGGAAGGAAUGCAUAAUUCUGGACAGUAACAACUUACUACAGGCUGAAGUUCAUGAUGGUCCUCCAAGUGAGAUGAUCACUGAUCUACAAGCAACUAUCAGCGAUGACACAUUGAGGAAAGAAGAGUGCGUAGAUGGAAGUGUAUGUGAAAAAGAGUUGGCUGAUAACAGAUCCUGGAAAGCUUUUGAAAAAAGCCUGUUUGAGAAAGGUGUGGAGAUUUUUGGGAGGAACAGUUGUUUAAUUGCUAGGAACCUUUUAAAUGGUUUAAAGACUUGUUGGGAGGUUUUUCAAUUUAUGACUUGCUCUGAGAAUCAGUUGGCCUGCCAAGCAGGUGAUGUUGCAAAUUCUCUUGGUGAAGGAUAUUCCAAGUUUGACUUCAAUGGAGCAAUGGGUAAUAAUCAAGUGCGAAGAAGAUCAAGAUUUUUACGCAGAAGAGGUAGAGUUCGCCGCUUGAAGUAUUCUUGGAAGUCCACUGCUUACCAUUCUAUUAGGAAAUGGAUUACUGAGAGAAAAGAUCAACCAUGCCGCCAGUAUAAUCCGUGUAGUUGCCAAACAGCUUGUGGAAAGCAGUGUGCAUGUCUGCUGAAUGGCACUUGCUGUGAGAAGUACUGUGGAUGUCCUAAGAGUUGCAAGAACCGAUUUAGGGGCUGCCAUUGUGCUAAAAGUCAAUGUCGAAGUCGUCAAUGUCCAUGCUUUGCUGCAGACAGGGAAUGUGAUCCAGAUGUUUGUAGGAAUUGUUGGGUCAGUUGCGGUGAUGGUACUCUUGGGGUUCCUAACCAAAUAGGUGAUAAUUAUGAGUGCAGGAAUAUGAAGCUUCUUCUCAAACAACAACAAAGGGUUUUACUUGGAAGAUCCGAUGUAUCUGGUUGGGGAGCUUUUCUGAAGAAUAGUGUUGGCAAGCAUGAGUAUCUAGGUGAAUACACUGGAGAGCUGAUUUCACAUAGGGAAGCAGAUAAGCGUGGCAAGAUAUAUGACCGUGAAAAUUCAUCAUUUCUCUUCAAUCUGAAUGAUCAGUUUGUUCUUGAUGCUUACCGGAAGGGUGAUAAAUUUAAGUUUGCCAACCACUCACCAGACCCAAAUUGCUAUGCAAAGGUCAUAAUGGUCGCGGGGGAUCACCGUGUGGGCAUAUUUGCCAAGGAACGAAUUAGUGCGGGAGAAGAACUCUUCUACGACUAUCGUUAUGAGCCAGACAGAGCUCCAGCUUGGGCUAGGAAGCCUGAAGCAUCAUCUGGAUGGAGAAAAGAAGACGGUGCUCAUACAAGUGGUCGUGCUAAGAAGGUCGCUUAAUUUUGGCAUUUAUUUACACCCUUGAUUCAUAUCUUUGUAAUUCUUUUACAGGCAGAAGAUGCAUCAAUUCUCAUUGACUAAAUAGGAUAGGUGUUAGCACAAUCAUCAUAGUGUUGGAGAGGCCAUUGUCGUCUCCAUACAUAACUUAUUUUGAUUUUGCAUUCCAUUCAUGUUUAUUCUUGAUCAAAUUGUAUUCACUAAAAGCAAAAGCAAGAAAAGAAAACUACAAGUUUCAGUGAAUUGAUGAUACAUCAAGCCAUGAAUGUAAAAGAGCCAACGUUUAAUAAAUUUCAUUAAUACAUUGCUGUCUAGGACUAGGUUUGUUUGCUUUC